GGUGGGGGGCGGUGAGACAAAUACGUGGCUCGUAGGAGGGAAAACAGUAGGAUGUGUUUAAAAUAAUAGGAGGUUGCUCAGUAGCUUGCAAAGAUGAUGUGAAAUGUGGCGUGGGGAUGAGGAGAAGGGGUUGGUGCGUGAGUGACGGCCGUGAGAUGGUGGCAAUUUGGAGCUGAUUGACGAUGACAGGAAGGAGCUCUGGUGAGUGAAAGCAAGAAGGAGAAGGGGCAAACGAGAAGGCUGGUGUCGAGAAGUGGGCUUGGACUGUGAAUGUGCGCACAGAGCCGAUGGAUUGAAACCUCUGAGUGACAGGGAGCGAAGAGAAGACAUGAAAAAGAGACAUGAUGCGGCUUCGAUUUUAGUGAGCUGCAACAAAGAGGAUGUUUUAUGUCACUCUGAUCAUGAUGGAAAUAGGAGCCGGGAAGGAGAGGAGAAACCUUAAUGAACAAACGGGAUGGAGACAGAGAUGGCGUGUCAAAUGACUCGUUCCCUGCGAAGUAAAAUAAUAACAAAAAAAGGAUGCUCCCCUCCUUCUGGAAUCCAAGCCAUCCACCCUCCACCCCAUUUUAUAUAUUUAGGCACAUCAGUGAUAAUAUAUCACGUCAGAUGCGUUUGAUGUAUCUGCUUAUAUCAUGUCUAAUCUUGGCAGGAAGUAUAACAGUAAUUACAUUUCCUGUCAGGCUGAUCGCCUCUCCCUGCGCCUGAGCCCAGCACUCUCUAUAUGUGGGUGCAGCUUUUCUUCUGGAUAUUUGGGUGACUCUCAGCUCUGCGGUGUCCUCUCUGUGGCUCCAGAGGAGUUUUGUAGCCAAUCAGUCUUCCAAAUUAGCAGUAAUGACGUCCGUAUCAGGGCCGUUUAACACAGAAGGGUAUUGAUGAUUAACUGAUGAUUAAUUUUUUUGAGGCUGGAAGCCAUACGAUAUAUUUGUGUAUUUUAUUUGUGCAUGGGGAUCGCCUUGUGAAAACAUGCAUUAAUUACACCUUGAAAAGAGGGCACCAGGUGCCUUUGUGGGGUACUUCUGAAGAUGACAUGCUGAGUUUUUCUCCACGUUUGGUGGUUUCAUAACAAAUAUUAGGUGAAGGCAACAAAUAAUAACUACAUGUCUGAGGGAAAAGAAGGAGGGGCGGUGGAAAUGGAAUGAGGAGUGGUGGCAGUGGAAGUGAAGGAUAUUGCUCCCAGCUCUGUGACUUCACUGAGCGUAACCCGGCAAUGCCGUCCUCCUGCAGGGGGUGUUGAAGGGGUGCAGCAUGGGAUGCACAACUUCAUGCCAUUGUGAAAGCAUUUUCCAAGUUAUUUGCUAAAAAUACCUCUGGAAUGGAGAGCAUCAGAACUGCAGCAGCGGUGGAAAUGGGGGGAGCAGCUGGUCCUAGGGAGAAGAGCAGGUUUGGAGGGGAAAGCUCUGGGAAUUACUGCUCUGAAAGGCUGGUUUGCGGUCAGGAUUAAUGUCCCUCUGUCUUUGGGAAGAUUCAAAUAGUUCCCAGUUUGUGCUAAACUUUAAAGGAAAAAUGUGAAUAUCCCUUCUGGGACCGAGAGCUAAAGGUCAGAGAUUGUGAACAGCAGCAUUAAUUGCUCCACUAAACGGAAAACCCAUCGGCAUCUUUAACGGGUUGCCUAUGGAUGAGAGCAAUAUUCAUGCUGGUGAGUGAUGACACAGCAAGAUUCCAAUGGGGGGAGGUAGUUUUUUCCUUGUUACUCCACGAUAAGACAGUCACGUUGAUAAUUGUCUGGAGGUUGGAAUGAGAUGAUUGUGGAGUUCCCUUCCAAUCUACGGAGCUUUGGGUGUUAUUUCGUUUGUGUGCUGUGUCUCUAUUCCAUUGCUACAGAUGGCACAGGAUCAAGCUCCAAGAAAUGCUAACCAUGGGAUGUAGGCAUUGUGGGGCCUUGUGCCAUCCAGUGCUGACAGCAUGCUUUGCUUUACUUAAAUUAUAUGUUGAAAUUUUGGUUAGACAAUCUGGCUGUGUUGUUGGUACCCUUCCAGCACGUGAUGCCACACUGGAUCUCCAAUCCUCAGGUCAGCAUCUCUGUGUGUGUUUGGAUGCUACUGAUUUCUUAAAAAGCCCCAUUGGUUUAGGAUAUGGGAGUUAUCCUGCGUGUGCUCACACUGCUCUGCUGAGCGCUCAUCACUGGCUCAGCUGCACUGGGAGGAUGUGAAUACUGGGGGAAGCAGUGAUAUACAGUAGGACUUGCUGUUGCAGUGGAUUGCUGCGUGUAUGAUUUUGUAUAACGAUAGUGAAGCUGUUUCUGCUUUUCUUCUCUCACUGACAUAUUCAGUGGAUUAAUGCACGUUUUCUUAUGCAAUCAAGGGUCUUGGAAAUCAGAAAUUUCCUUGUGUUGCAGAAGGAAUUCAUUUAUUUUUUAUUUCUACAGCUCUGUUUGCAAAAGAACCCUUUGCAAAGUCACUUGUUGCUAAUACUGAGUGAGGCUGUGCUCAGCCCUGUGCUGCUCUCAGCACUCCCUGCUGCUGUGUUCCUCGAAGGAAGCCGCUGUCUCUGGGGAGGGAGGGGAGGUGGGGGGGAGUACAGUGGUUUGCAAACAAGAUUUUUUUUUUUUUAAAUACUUAAAUUGGUUUAACUUUGUAGCAACAGGUGGCAGACUUUCUUAUUUUACUGCUCUUUAUUUUGGAUAUGCUGUGGAAAAUUAUUUAGAUUUGGCUGUCGCAGUCAUUUGGGAAAAAAGUAAUUGCAUGCCAACUGCGUUUUAGACUUAGCUAAUAGGAGCUUGCCUUCACCAGUGCAGUUUCUAGCAAAUCCUGUUGGACUGUGCAAUGAUGUGCUUGGAUUAAGUUUCCUCCCUAUUGCGCAUUCUACAGCAAAACGCAUUUUCUGUUAGGCUGGUGGAUAGUUGUAUGGGAUGGAUUUUGUUUGCUUUUGAAAUAGCAGAAGCCUCCUAGGCAGUUCCAUCAAAUCUCUGCAAGCAGAGCCCGGCUCCUGUCUGCUCCCCGCCAGACGGCUGCUCCACGGGGCUCUGGGACAAAGUGAGCGAAGGUUGAUGGUAGGACACGGGUUGGUGCUGAUUCUCUUGGUGGAUCACAGAAUCAUAGAAUGGCCUGGGUUGAAAAGGACCACAAUGAUCAUCGAGUUUCAACCCCCCUGCUACGUGCAGGGUUGCCAACCAGCAGACCAGGCUGCCCAGAACCACAUCCAGCCUGGCCUUGAAUGCCUCCAGGGAUGGGGCAUCCACAACCUCCUUGGGCAACCUGUUCAGUGCGUCACCACCCUCUGGGUGAAUGGUGCCUGAUAAGCAAAAUGGGAGUCUGACUGCUAAAGAAGAUGAAAAAUUUGUUUCCAAAGAGAAAUACUUUGACUCUAACAAUAGGCUUAGAGCAUGUAAGCAAUCUUGAGUUUUGCACUUCUCUGUUUGCCUGUCAGAGCAGGAUUCUGUACAGAUGGUGGGGUCUCCCUUACAGCACCCAGUGUGAAUGAAGAAGGGCAGCGCUUCGCUUGACCUCACCUGUAGAUACUUAAGGUAUUUCCCCACAGCAGGAUACUUCAGAAGUUGCAGCUGGUGGUUGUUUGGCAGCAUUGACCCAGGUGCUCGGGUGGUCAGAGCGGAGCCCCGGAGGCAAUGCCCCAGGCCUGCCCUUCUCACUGUAGCCUGAGUUUUUGUGCUGCUGAGUUCUGUAACCACACGCUGCCGAAAAUGUUUGCCUUUUCAGUGGAUUCAGAUCUCCCAGAAUAAAUAGCUGCAGGUUGAAGUACUGGCAGCCCAGCCCUGCGGAUUACUCUCGCGUUUGUUUGGUAUCUGGGGAUGCUGCCGGCAGAGCUAAAAGCUCUGAGCUGAUCGGUAUCAAGCUUUUAAAAGGAACAGCAGAAGUGUGAGUGUCAAAUUCCGCAGAAGAUCUGAAUAUCUCCUUUUUUGAUGUGAACUUGGCUGAAAUGUUUAAAGUAAAGUAAUACUACCGUGAAUGUCUGACCUUUUAAUUAAAACUUUGCUGGUUUUGUCAAGGUAUUUUCCACCGUAACGCUCUCAGUGGCAGAGCUUUUUGUAUUCUCCUCAACGGGUAAAUGAUUAAUGGUCUCAGCACUGCCUUCUGGAUCACCUUGUAAGAGGUCUCCUUCAUCAAUCUGGCAAGGGGAUUGUAUGGCAGUUUGCACCCUAAUUACAGUCCCCAGCUGGGGAUGUGCUGCUUAACAGAUGACUUGGAGUGGAAGUGUGGUCGGCGCACGUAUGGACGGCCACGGAGUUGUGUGAUGCUCAGCUGCAACAAUUUGAUUUCCUUUCUGGAAAAAAAAUCCACUUCAAUAUAAACAGCGCGGCAGACAAAAGCGUUUAGCUGGAAUUAACUCUGUAACUUAAAGGUUUAAUAAUAACAGCAGUUCUGCUUCUCCCCGUUUUCAUCUCUUCCUUCCUUUCCUCUUGCAGUUUUACAGACCAGGGCAGUACUGCAAGCCAGAAAUUGUAUUAGCAGCACAAACAUUAAGGUAUUCUACAGGGCAAAACAAAAGUGAUUCAAAAGGUGCUGUUAUAGAUAAUAAGUUUUAGCGUUGAACACUUUACCCAGAAGACAGCAGAUUACUUCCAGUGGUCUGUCAUUAUUGCUGGCCUUUUUUUUUUGUUCCUGGCUCAUUUGUGGUGCAGUGCUGGCUGUCAGUUAAGAUGUAUUUCUGACCGAGCAAUGAAGACAGCUGCCCUGCUGUCCGCCACGUGUGUUGCUGACCGUGCACGUGUGUGCUGUUGCUCAGGCUGAUGCAUCUGAGUGUGCUGUUCAGGAACAGCUUAGUUAAGGACUGAGGCAUGGAGGAGAGCUGGCACAGCACCCAGAUGGGCUCGGAGCAAGGUGCCCAUUGUGGCAGCUGGCCGUGAGAAGAUGAGGUGCUUGGAAAGCAUGUCAUUUCUAAAUUGUUUCGUUUACAUAUCAGUGUUAUAGCAGAUAAUAUUGCACAACCAAAGUGGUGAAUAUAUUGCGGUGAAUCUGCAAGACUAUCUUUUUUUCUUUUUUUAAAAAAAACUUAGUAAGAAGUCUGAGAUUUAUCUCAGUACUGCUAAUUUCCCACUGGGUGUUGUGUACUUGGAGGAUAAAGGCAGUGGAGAGGGCACUGGAGACUGAAGCUGGGCAUAGGAAGCAAGUGUGAUUUGUGCCUGUACCCCAGAAACUGGACUUGAAGACUAACACUUGUGUUUAGGGCAGUAGUAAUAGUUGUGUGGUGGAUGUGUGUGUGUGACUGACUCGGAGAGGGGAGGAGAAAAAGUCUUGCUACUCAAUGAAGCAGUUGCACAAAUCUGAGCUGUAUGCUGCAAGGUGUUACCGAGUGUUGGGAGUCCGCUCUCUGCUCUCAAGCUCAUGUCACAGAGAUGGACGAGGGCAGAUAGGCGUGUGUGAGGGAGGAACUUGUCACUGUCUGGUGCCUGAUUUACAAGAAAUCCAUGUACAGUGUUUUCAUCCCUAGAGAUGGUCAGAUAAUAGUUUGUUAUGGUGCAUUUACUCUUCUGGGUUUCCUUCACCGUGACAAAUAGAAGAAUUGAUCCCAGAGCUGUUGUAUAAAACAUAUAUUAUCCAGAAAUUGCGUGUACUGUGAGGUAGAACCUCUUCUGAGAGGUCAUCUGGAAGGCUCUGCUUUCUUCAUUCCAAGUUUUUAUCAAAACGCGUGGUUUCCUGAUCUUUUGGUUUCUACGUACUCCUUCAGCUCUCAUCUGGGGAAAGCAGUCCUUCCAUUCCUUGUCCUUCUGGCUGAAGAUUGAAGGCAGUCUAUUUCUUCUGUUUUUCCUUCUUGUUAAAAACCCAAUGCAGUGCUUCCUCCAUAUCUGUCUUUCAGAUGGGAUAGCACCACGGUUCGAUGUUUGCAUGAGCGUCCAUCAUCCUUCUGUUCGCGGAAGCAAUUGGAAGCAAAUGAUCCAGGUUGCUGCAAUUCCUCACACUUUGUGUCCUUUCCAGUUGUGCCGCUGGAGCUCCUUCCCCGAGCCGAGCUGACACACGGUGAGGCAGCACGCCUCGGCUGGCAGCCCUGUUGGUUGUUGGGUGCACUGCCUUUUGCCCGGCGUAGUUUGACCACGGUUGCUCCUCCAGGUUUUGUUCCAGGACAAAAGCACCGCAGGUACUUGGGGGAGAGGAAGGCAUUUUCUCCUAAAUUACUUCAGUAAAUGGAAGGCCUUUUUUUUUUUUUUUUACUCAGGCUGAAGACUUUGUCUUGGCUGCAAGCCUGGGAGAUUUAAACAUUUGCUGUUCCUUUUAUUGUUCAGACCUGUGCUGCAUAUUUUAAGGGAGCAAGUGGUCUGUCAAGUUAUUAGAAAUCAUUACUUUGCCACAGAGUUAUUGAAUGGAUGUGCAAACAGGUGUUUGUCAGGUUUUGCCUUCUGGGCUGAAUAUUUUUGAUGUUUCAGGAACUUUUAUGUGCAGUCAACCAUUGCGCUUUGUAUAGGAGAGCGCUUGAUUCAGAUUAUCCAAGCAAUCAGGGAGCAGAGAUGUGGCUCUGUGAUUCAUAAUUGAAAUUUAGCCUUUAGAUUAACUUCAUUAGUAUGCUGUUGAACAAGGACCGAGUGUUAAUAAAUGAAAAAUCCUUCUGGGUUUCAGCACUGAGUACCACUGCGGGUCUUUGCAGUCCAUUAUGAAUAUUAUAUUUUUGCUGUGACAGCAUUAUUUUAGAUUUGAGCACAUUCGUUUUGGUUUUAUUCAUCAGAAUUGUACAGAUGCUUCUGUGAGAGACAGAGAAAGGUUUUUAUGUUGCGUAAGGUGAAAAACAAAGUUCUGGGAAAGCUGUGUUUGUGGGCCAUUCUGAGAUCCAGGAAAAGAAUUCUAGAAAACAGACUGAAGUUUCCUUUCCAAAUGGCAUUUUAGAGUAGUGGUGAAACCAAACACUUCUUCAAGGGCUUUCUGGGGAAGUAGAAAGCUAACAAUCAUCUCCGCUCGUUAGAUGAUGGGCUUGUGAAUGCUUGUGAAAUUGGACUUGUUUAUUCUAUCGAGAUUAAAAAUAUUAAUUUAUUGCUUCUAUGUUUGUUUGCUUUGUAAAUUUUUGGACUUGAUUCUCAUUAUUCUUUUUGGAUCUGGAUUUGCAGUUUAGCAAAGCAUACAGUGGCACUUGACUGCGUUUGAAUGUCCCGGGACUUCAGGUAACUGCUUAAAGCUUGCUCCAUUCCUGGCACCUCAUGCUGUCUAUCGCGUAUCUGUGUGCCGCUGCAGGUGAGUAUUCAGACCUCUGUAGUGGAAGGUUUUGGGUGCAAAAUAAAGGUGAAUGUAGUUGAACUUCCAGCGCCUGUGCCGUACCUUUUAGGAAGCUGUUAUUGUUUCUACUACUUAAGCUGUUUUUGUAUUUUUAUGUCAUGUUUUGUAUGCUCUGCGUGGCUUUAUGGAAGAUUUGGAUGGAUUCUCAUUUGUCAUACAGCAAUACUAAGAAAGCACAUUCAAGGAAAAAAUACUGGGUUACCGGAAUGGAAAAGAAGAUAAUAGGGAUUUUUGGUUCCUUUCCAUCCUUGGAGCUGCUCUUGAUCUCCCUGAAGCUGGUAUCAGAAUAUUUUGAGUUAUCUGUACAUAUGCUCUUCAGUGGAGAGUCGUACACUUGAUGUAAUUCUGUGUACUUUGAGGUGGCGCAGCAUCUGCUUCUGCAGGAAAGGAUUAGAAUGUUACGAAUUCAGCUUUUUUCUCCAUGCAGCCUUGAGAGAGGCUGAACAACAGAGCCGGUUGGUGUCGUGUUCUUUAAGGUUGGCAGCAGGUUUGAACUCGCAGAAGUCUUGUGCUGUCUUAGAGGAGUUCAGCUCCGGGGAGCUUCGUGGCUUAUGGCAACUGAGCAGCUUUGUUCUGUGAUAGACACGCUGCUGAUGUUUGAACGUUUGCAAAGGAAAUGUGAAGAGAAAAGCAGAAAGGGUUCGUUACAAUACACGUGUUUGGUUCAAGUCCUUGAGUAAUUGUGAAAAGUGUAGACUGUGAUCUCUUGGCGUAUUUGAAUGGAAAUACAUGUUUCUCUAUUAGGCUUUUCCAUGAAGGUUUGCAGUACAGCAGGAGGGGACUUAAAAAUACUGGAAGUUAUGACUGAGAAAAAUCAGUUUGUAGGAGGCAGUUCAAGAUGAAUGGAAUUCCAUAAUUUCCAUUAUUUCCUCCUGGGGAAGACCUAAGUAGAAGCAAUGCACGUCCCAGAGUUCCCUACCACUCAGAAGAAGCUGCUGUUGGGAAAACUGGAAUUAAGCUUCAUGGAUUGGCUCUGGGGAGUAGGGGGAACUUGACAAGGAAGCCAUUGCUAGAUCCAGCUUCUCACAGCCACGUCAUGGAGGAAGUGAGAUAUUUGACUUCCAGAUCCAGUACACUCAGUAGAUGACACUGGAGCACUUUGUGAAGGUACUUGAGUAGCGGGAAGGCGAUAGCUUUGCCUCACCGAGGAAAGUUUCCAGUAGGAAGAUAAUAUGAGAGGUGCAAAAAUGUCCUGAAGAGUUUGGGGAAAAGAAAGUCCUGUUUGGUUUUCAAGAAACCACUGUCGAUGCUGUUUUCCAGCAAGAUGCAGGAUACAUGUAAUAAAUGCUCUGGGGAUGCUCAGGAGUCAAAUGUGUUCUCCAACAUUUCUGUUUUGUAUAAUAGAGAACCAGAAUUUUUCAGUUCAUCCUGAUCUGUAGGCUGUAGCAACCCCAAACCUUGGCAGCUGCAGCUGGGGAACGUGUCCAGCCUUUGCACGCCCUGACAAACCUGCAGCCAAGCCAGGGCCCUCACUACCAGGGUACAGCUGCCCUUGCUCAGCAGAUUUGCCAUGCUUCUGAAAGAGAAAUACUUGUCGUUAUCUAGAUAACUCAAGAUCAUGCUUACCUCAAAAGUUAUCACAAAUUGCAAGUAGUCAUUUAUUUAUAAAAUUCAAAAUUUGCAGAUGUAAGCGAAGGCUUUCAUUUCUUUGUGUGUGUUUACAAAGAUCCAGCUGGAAAGAUUUCUCUCCCUCUUUUUCUACCUGAUGUUCUGGAGCGUUUCUGAAUGUAGUGGUGAUGAAGUGUUCCCUCUUCUUGCGUUCCUGGUGCUUCCUGCAGCAUUAAUUGGAGAGUUCUUAUAUGUCGGGUGUUAUGGUCCACCUUUCUUUUGAGGUCCAUGUAGGCAGAUUAACCUUUUAAUCAAAAUCUAGCUUAUUAUCCAGGGGUUAGUGUGACCAUUUACUUUUAUUAAAACAAGUAUUACUUUAUUUCUUUGGAAAUCCAAAUGCAUGUCAUUUCCUGCAUUUAAUUGACUGCUUAAUUCCUCCAUGCUUCAGUGAAGGCCAAACCCCUUCUCUUCUAUCUCUUUGAUAGCUCACUGACUAACCCAGUGCAGGUAUCUCCUCUGCUGAGUCCUGCUUCACACUCUAUAGUAAUGAGGCUACUAGAGAAAAGGUAGUAACGUGUAUGGAAAAUGUACAUUGUGUGUUAAUGGAUCUUGGCUGAGACUACAGCAUCUGAACAGUGGUUUGACUUGGAGUGGUUGAGCUCAACCAUAAGUCCUCUAGGAAUAUUAUAACGUAUGGAUAUCAUUAUUCAAGCUGCAAAUGAUGGUAGAGCUUAGUUUUUGUGAGAUGAAUGUGUAGGAAGUAAAACCAUGAGUGAUAACCUCUUGAUGCUUGAGCUGACGACUCCUCCAUGCUUUCUUGGUCUCUGUGCCCUCCUCACCCUCCCUACCUCUUGUUAUGAUCACAACCAAAAGUGGAAAUACCAAAGGGAAUAACUCUGAAACCAUCUGAAAUCACUGAGAGGCUUCUCGUUGAUUUAGGUGUGAACAAGAAGGCUAAUGGGCUUGUGUUUAGCUUAAAGUGAAUUUCCUGCUACAGAGGCACUGUCUGGAAAUAAACUAUUUCAGAUACCUUCCUGUUUCUCUAGUGACAUAAUACUGUGAAGUCUGAAAAUCAAUAUACUUUGAAGGAGUUUUAGGAAAAAUGACAAACCUUUCAAUAAUAUCUGUUUCUGGCUUUCAAUAUUGCUAUUUUGGUAAUCCAGAUGUUGAUUUUUGUUUUUUUUUUGUUUUCUUUAGUAGUCCAUAGAAUCUCAGUCUUGGCUUACUUGUGGAAAAUGCCUGGUGGGUUGUUUCUAUUGAAAGAAAGCUUAAUCUUUGGAUUCACCGAUCCUCUCUUCUAGUCAGAGCUGCCACUUGCUUCAAGUCAGUUCCGGCAUGCUAUAAAUCAGAGCCUUCUGAGUGGUCAAUCAGUGAGUGAUUGCAUUCUGCAGCACUGGAAGGCAAUCUUUCCUGGUUUAAAAUUGAAGUAAAGUGAUCUGAAAGGGCUGAGCACAGUGCUCGGAGCUUGUGAGCUCUGCAGCCAGGAUUUCUGUCAUGAGUUUGCAGUGGGAGCCUGGGCAAGGAGCUGUAUAUUUGCACUGUAGAAAUAUACUUUCUGCUUGAGUCUCUGGCUUUUUUUUUUCCCUCUUUUUCCUCCUUCCCACUCCUUUUUUUUUUUCUUUCACCUGUGUUAAAGUUGAGCUUUUUUGUGGAUAUACUCCUGUAUGAAAGUUCCACGUUAUUCAGCUUUGUGCUACCUGGCAGUACUCAGAGGCAGGAAAUCAAGGUCCUUGGUGCUUCUCUCAGAUGGAGUUAUCAAUGCCAAUGGGGGUCUAAAAUAAAGUAGUAAGGAAGAAAAGUUUGCAUUUUCAAAAGUCUUUGACACGUCUGCAGAGAAAUUGGAAAUAAGUCCAAAUGGACCUUUAAGAUCUCUUCAAAAGUUUAAUAGUAUAUUGAUUUUCUUUAAAGUUAUAGAAAGCCUUCAUGCUGUGCCAUGUCUUGUUUCUGCCGUAGCCCAUAGUUUGGAAGCACUCAAAUCUUUUGUGGCUCUGAGUAGCAAAUGAGAAGCGCAUCAUGAUGGAACCAGCACUGACCUCUCUGUGUUAGUAGCAAAAAGCACUGGGAGGUGAUGAAGUCCUCUGUGCCUCAGGCUCUGGAAGAGGUGGCACUGCUCUGACAUUGGAAUUCCUGUCUGGAUCUCAAAGAAGGUCGGUGGCUGUGUUCUGAGCGCCGUACAUGGUGACUGCAAUGCUGACGGCACUGGAGGAGCUGCUCCUCCUCAGCUCUUCUGUGUGAGGACUGAAGAAGACAAGAGACUGAAUUAUCUGAAUUAUGCUUCUGCAACAGAACUGGGUUUCUCCUCGUUGGACAUGGCAGAGCCUGGGGAAGUCUUUCAUUUUUUUUGUUUUCUUGAUGUUGCAAGCAGCUGAUCUGGAAGCCAGGAGGGGUCACCAGUUUGUCUGGAAAACAGGUCACUGGGGCCGAUGCGUGGGUGACUGCGGUUCAGGGGGCACGCGAAGCCGGGCUGUCUGGUGCACCCACACUGAGGGCUGGACGUCCCACCACGCCAACUGCGACCAGCAGGAGAAGCCCGAAAGCCAGCGGCGGUGCUUUAAGGUCUGCGACUGGCACCUGGAGCUGUUCGAGUGGGACGUUUCGGGAUGGGGAUCCUGCGAGCCCGGCGGUGAGGCUGGGCCCUGCGUAAUGGCGCAGCAUGGCCUGCAACGCCGCAGCGCCCGCUGCCUUCAGAAGCUGGACAGGAGUGUUGUGGCCGCUGAGAUCUGUGAGCACCUGGCACCGCAGCCGCCCCUCGAGCAGGCCUGCCUGGUGCCGUGCCCGCGGGACUGCGUUGUCACAGACUUCUCCCCCUGGUCCCCAUGCAGUGGGGGCUGCACCAAUAGCUUGCGGCACCGGACCCGUGCUGUCAUCGCUCCUCCUCUCUAUGGGGGUGCCCCAUGCCCCAACCUGACGGAAUCACAGACCUGUGCUGCUGCCGCCUGUCCCCUGGGCGAGGAGGAGCACACGUACAGCCUCAAAGUGGGGCCUUGGGGCGAGUGCAGGCUGCCCCACCGCGAGGACGCAUCAUUGGAUUUGGGGGAGGACUCUGGAGAGCUUAGCACAUCAUGGUUGGAAGGCCACAAGGCUCAGCACCAUCCGCACACGGGGCAGGUGGGGUACCAGACCAGGGCAGUCAGCUGCGUGCGGAGUGACGGCAGGCACGCCGUGCUGAGCCUUUGUGUGCAAGAUGCCGUCCCUUUGACCUCCAAGACCUGUGUCAUUGCUAAAGACUGCGAAACGUCCGAGUGGUCGGCGUGGAGCUCCUGCUCACAGACCUGCAGCUGGGGAGAUCUCGCCCCAGGCUUUCGGAGCCGGCACCGUAGUGUGCGGAGCGUGGCCAUGGGAAGUGGGAAGCUCUGUCCAGAGCUGGAGGAGAAGGAAGCCUGCAGCACAGGAGGGAGAGAGCUGCUGAAGCCCUGCCCCAGGUUUUCCUGGAGAACUUCUGAAUGGAAAGCUUGCCAAGUGUCUCUCUUUGACCAGCAGAGCCCUCAACAUCACAAACAUGCAGUGCUUUGUGGAGGUGGCAUACAAACCCGUGAGGUUUAUUGCGUCCAGAUCACUGUAGAAGGCGAAACGCACCGACUGAAGGAAGUUAGCAGACCAGUUGAUGGGAAGUUCUGCCUGGGCCCUGCUCCUUCUGCCUCCCAGCUGUGUGACCUGCCCUGUCCCUUGGAGUGUGCGGUGUCUGCCUGGCUGGCGUGGGGCCCCUGCCUUCCCGAAGACUGCCGGGACCGCCAGGGAAGGAGAGGCUUUAGAAUGAGGCAAAGGCAUGUGAUUGUGGAUCCCGUCGGCACUCUGGCAGGUUGUCCACAUUUAGUUGAAUCCAUUCCUUGUGAGGACCCAACGUGCUAUGAGUGGAUCGUUUCAGAAGGAAUAUGUGUUGCUGACCAUGGAAAAUGUGGACCUGGAAAACACAUCCUGAAAACUGUAUGCAAGAACAAGAAAGGUGAAGAAGUACCAUAUCACCUUUGCUCAGAGCUUCCACGUCCUGAUGUCAUGGCUUGUGAAAUCCCUUGUGCAACGGACUGCGUGCUCAGUGAGUGGUCCCAGUGGUCCCCAUGCUCCCAUUCGUGCUCCAGUAAAAGCGCGGAGGGCAGCCAAAGCAGGAGUAGGUCCAUCUUGGCACUUCCAGCAGAGGGUGGAAAAGCCUGUCCUCCUGACCGAGCCCUGCAGGAGCACCGCGCCUGUAAUGAUCACCCGUGUGUGCAUUUCUUCUGGGAAACCUCCCCCUGGAGCUCCUGUUCUGAGGAUGUGCUGGUAACUGCACUGAAUGCAACUGUCAGUUGGAGUGGAGAAGCCACCUGUGGAGUGGGCAUGCAGACCAGGAAAGUUUUCUGCAUGAGGAGUGGUUCUGGCCACGUUACACCUAAGAGAUGUCCAGAUUCCACCAGACCUGAGACCGUGCGACCGUGUCUCCUGCCCUGCAAGAAGGACUGCAUCGUUACGCCUUUCAGUGAGUGGACUCGCUGCCCAACAGCAUGUCAGCCUGGCAAUGCCACGGCAGUUAAGCAGUCUCGGUAUAGGAUUAUCAUUCAGGAUGCUGCCAAUGGGGGACAGGCAUGCCCAGACACCUUGUAUGAGGAAAGAGAAUGUGAAGAUACUCCUGUCUGUCCGGUUUAUAGGUGGAAGACCCAUCGAUGGAGUCAUUGUGUACUGGUGCCUGAGUCAGUGAGACAGAAUGUGCUGGGACACAACGAGGCGUGUGGACAUGGUUUGCAGUCAAGGGCUGUUACAUGCCUGACAGAGAACAACGAAUCCGCUGACGUCUCUGAAUGCAUGAAAUGGGCUGGACCUAUGCCACCCCUUGUGCAAGACUGUCUCAUUCCCUGCAAAGAUGACUGCACGUUUACCCCUUGGUCUAAAUUUACAGCGUGCUCGUUUGACUGUGAAUCAACAAAAACUAGGAGACGAUCACUGACAGGGAGAAGCAGAAAGCGAGACAAAUGCCAGAACACAGAAGUUUAUCCUCAGGUUGAAACAGAGCUGUGCCCCUGUGAGGUGUUUACCUCCCAACCCCAUGGAAACUGGUCGGACUGCAUUAUCGGAGGUGGGAAGUUAGAGCUGCAGCAAGGAGUGCAAUCCCAUGGAGACACCAAGGAGUGUGGAGAGGGUGUGCGGCUGCGAGCUAUUGCCUGUUAUGAUAAGGCUGGCAGACUGGUGGAACCAUCUCGCUGUAGCAGCUCAGGUUACGUUGAAGAAUCUUGCACGGUUCCUUGCCCGUUUGAUUGCAAAUUGAGCGACUGGUCCAGCUGGAGCCCCUGCAGCUCUUCCUGCGGGACAGGGAUGAAAGUCAGAUCCAAAUGGCUGAAGGAGAAGCCCUACAGUGGAGGCCGUCCCUGCCCAAAGCUGGAUCUCAAGAAUCAGGCUCAGGUGUACGAGGCAGUCCCCUGCUACACUGAGUGCAAUCAGUAUUCUUGGGUAGUCGAACCGUGGUCUCCGUGCAAAAUCAACAGUGAACAAAAUUCCCUCCACUGUGGAGAAGGAAUACAAACGAGGAAAGUCAGGUGUGUAAGUACUACGGAAGACCAUGGAGGGGAAACUGUACCCAACACCCUGUGCAAUAAGGCUGAAAUCCCAAAUGAAAUUCGGAAGUGCAGCUUGUACUGCCCCAAUGAGUGCGCGGUGUCUGACUGGGGACCAUGGAGCACAUGUCCGCAGGUGUGUGAUCCGAGUACUGUGCAAACCCGAACUCGGCAAGUGCUACGAUCUGUCAGUAGAAAGCCCUGUCCUGAAGACUCACAAAUGAAACCAUGUAUUCUUAACCAAAACUGCUUCCAGUAUCAGUACAAUCUAACAGCCUGGAGCACGUGCCAGCUCAACGGGAACGCGACGUGCGGGCGAGGAGUUCGGAAGCGGCUCCUGAGCUGCGUGCGCAGUGAUGGGGAGAUGGUCAGUGCGCGGCACUGCGAGCAGCGUCGCCUGGAGAAGCCGGCGGAGACGAGCAGCGAGUGCGUGGUGCGGUGCGUGGUGGACUGCCGGCUGUCGGCGUGGUCGGCCUGGUCGCAGUGCUCCCAGACGUGUGGCUCCGGCGGCCAGAUGGUGCGCGGGCGCACGGUGCUGCUGAAGGCCGCGGCCGAGGGCCGGCCCUGCCCAGCACAGCUCAGCCAGCACCGCAGCUGCCCGGUGAAGCCCUGCUACAGCUGGCACCUCGGGCCCUGGUCGCCCUGCAGGCUCCAGGGUGGACAGUGUGGAGAUGGAUUGCAGUUCCGCAACCUCACGUGCGUAGUGCAUGAUGCAUCUGUUUCUGCUACAUCCCAGCCAGUAGAAGAUGCAUUAUGUGGUGAGCUACCUUUGAAGGAGAGUGUGCUGCAGUUACCGUGCUCUGUGCCUUGCCCAGGUGACUGCCACCUGACUGAGUGGUCGGAGUGGAGCUCCUGCGAGCUGACGUGCAUUGAUGGCAGGAGCUUUGAAACAACAGGACGGCAGGCGCGCUCCAGGGCGCUCAUCGGUCAGCCUGCUGAGAACAUGGAGAGCUGCUCCGGACAAGUGGUGGAAACACGGCCUUGCUCAGGAGGGAGGUGUUACGAGUACCUGUGGAAAACCAGCCUUUGGCGAGACAAUGUGCGCACAGUGUGGUGUCAGCGCUCAGAUGGAGUAAACGUCACAGACAGGAAUCACUCAGACUGUGAGAUUCCUGCUGGUGCCGUGACCUACAAAUUCUUCCUGCACAGGAUGAAAACUGAAAUUCAUGGUCAGCACUUUGAAGCUGUACAGGAGGUUGGCAAAGGAGGGUGUGCUCUUCAAACCAAACCUGCUGAAGUUCGGCACUGCAGCCCAGCAUGCAGGAAACCCUUCUCCUACUGCACCCAGAGAGGAGUCUGCGGUUGUGAGCGAGGAUAUACAGAAAUAAUGAGAUCAAAUGGUUUGCUGGAUUACUGCAUGAAGGUACCAGGUUUAGAAGAUAAGAAAGCUGAUGUUAAGACCAUUGCUGGAAAAAAUAAACCCGUCAACUCCAAAAUGCAUGACAUUUUCAAAGGAUGGUCUAUUCAACCUUUUAAUCCAGAUGGUAAGCUGAAGAUGUGGGUGUAUGGUGUAUCAGCUAGCGGGUUCCUCAUCAUAGUUCUUCUGAUUUUUACAUCCUUCCUGAUGUGCAAAAAAAGCAAGCAGCAUCAAAGCACUCCUCCACAACAGAAGCCUCUAACCUUAGCCUAUGAUGGAGACAUUGACAUGUAACAUAGGAAAGAAAUCCAAAUGUAGACAUCGACUGCCUUAACCACUUUCUUUUUUGUAACUCUCAGACUUCUCAGUUUUUUGAGGAAUCUCCUGAUGUGUAGUAAUUGGGCAGAACAGAAAUACGGCAAGCUUAACAUUUUACCACCUCGUUACUAAAGAAAAAAUAACGGAGUCAAAUUCUUGGAUCUUGUGAAAUUUCCCUGAAGAAACUGGAAAACGCAUCUCUUCCUGUUGAGCAAUGGGAAUUAAAAUCAGAAAGUCUACCAACAUCAAAUGGGAUUGGUCCAAAAAAGAAAAAAGGCAUGACAAUCUGGAGGAAAAUGUGACAUUUACCGUAAAUGACAAG